AUGCUCCCUAAAGGAAUCGGUGAUAUAGAAAAGGCAUAUCAAGAUACUUGCCAAGACUUGGAGCUUCUAGGAAGAUGCAUCGCAACAGGCAAGAAAGCAUUGAGCAAGAAGGACGUUGUCGACACAAUGCUGGCCGACGUUGAAUCAUAUGCCACCAUUGAUAGUGACUUCCAAUGUUAUUGGAGAACAACCAAGUCCGUGCUAGAUGGCGGGUAUAGGCUUGCCAAGCAAUUGCGGUCACUGGAAUUUGCGAAGCGAUGGGAGAUGAUAAACGAAGUUUGGAUUGAAAUGCUUGCUCAUGCUGCAGCCCAUUGUCCAUGGAAAGAACGUGCUCAACAACUGAGAAGAGGUGGAGAGUUGCUCACUCAUGAGGAGCAACGACAAUGUGUUUUGGCCAUAGGAAGGUACGAGCUAGGUAAUGCAGACAUAUCACUGUCAAUUGCUGAUGAGGAGGUGAAAGAACUUCAAAGAGUGGCAGCAAAUAAAGAGAGAGAGCUUGAGCACAAAAAUGAAGAACUCGAGCGUAAAGACCGAGAGCUUGAGCAUUUGCGAUCUCUGUUAGCCGCAUCAACUCAACCGCAGCGACUCGAUGCACUUCCAGGAGGUUCGUCAGCACAAAGUGAUAAUCAAGGGACUGGUGAUAAGAUCAUAUUAAGCGUUCAAUAA